UUUGGCUGUGAGCUGGGAGGAAAUAGGCCUGGAGAACGGUUCAUGAAGUAUGGCUAUGAUGUGAAGAACUUCAUUAGCCUGGGCAAGAAGACCUUGACCUGGACAGCAGCCGAGGUGUCAGCCCAGGUGACCAAGGGGGAGGGGGAGUGUGAACGCAAUACCACGCUGACCUGGAAAGGCUACUUAGAGGAGGAAUGCAUGGAGUCAUUUAAGAAACUCAUGGACUAUGGCAAACAGCCAGAGGUGAUGGUGACCAGAAAGUCUGACUAUAAUGGCGUGAAGACCCUCCUCUGCCAAGCCCACAGCUUCUAUACCAAGGAGACUGAUGCCAACUGGGUGAAGGAUGGGGAGAUCUGACAGGAGGGCACCUUCUGUGGAGUGGUCACACCCAAUUCAGACAGGACCUACUACGCUUUGCUUGGCAUCAAGAAUGACCCCAAGGAGAGGGACCACUACUUGUGCCAUGUGGAACAUGACAGCCUAAAGGAGCCUCAGGACAUGGCUCAGGAUGUCCCACCCAGCAGCGGAGCAAGCCGAUUGGGCAGCAAGGAGAAAGAGACAAAAGACAAUAGUCCUACAUUCCGGAACACAGUAAUAUAA